CAGCAUCAUCAUCAACAACAACAACCACAUCAGCAGCAUUAUCAACAACACCAGCAGCCUGCAAACAUCCCAGCCACUAACCAUUUGCAAUACUCUCAACCUAACCAUCAUCACCCACCAUUAACAAACCAACAGCCAUCAAACUUCAACCCUCAGAAUCCAAUCCAACAGCAACAACAACAACAACAACAACAGCCUACUCCAGAUGCAAGCCUAUCCUAUGGUCUAUCAAACAUCAACCUCGGCUCGACCAGCCAACCAGAUGGAACUCCAAUCACCAAAUCCAAAAGACCAGCUAGAGCAUUCCACCAAGAAACCCAACCCUCAACCGCAACCGGACUUAACUCACCCAUGCCGCCUCGGCCGGACUUAAAUAAUAACGCACCCUCAUCAGCCUUUCGUCACCGACCCGAUCGACCAGAGCAUCUACAGCGUUAUGAGCACCAGCCCAUGCCAGCCGUCCCACCUGGACCACCUCUCGACCAGCCAACCCAAACUAACUCGAUCCAGCCUCUAUUUCAGCAACCAAACCAACAGCGAUCAAGUGGACCACGCAAUCGGAUCGACCCUAAUCAGAUCCCUUCUCCCGUGAUCGUACAUGAGCAAGAUGCCGAGAUAUUCUCUCAGGAACCCUUCCGAACCUGUCAAUCCGUCUAUGCCGGCGCAAACCCUCAAUCUUUUGGCCCCAAUCAUCCACCACCACCCCCACCUCAGAUCCCACUCAGUCUGACAGAUUAUGUGGCAAUCGACGAAGGCAACUGCUCCCCGAGAUUCAUCCGGGCAACCACUUACUGUCUGCCCGCAUUGGAUGACAUUGCUCAAGCUGCUGAACUACCUCUAGGCUUGGUCAUCCAACCUCUGGCCGAACUAGGACAAGGUGAAGGAGACAUGGUGCCAAUCGUCGAUUUCAGUCAAGAUCCCACCGGCCCUCCACGUUGUAGUAGCUGUCGAGGGUACAUCAAUCCCUGGUGUACAUUCAUCGAUGGUGGCCAUCGCUUCAGAUGUAAUCUAUGUGGUAAACCAAGUGAUGUACCUUCUGCAUACUUUUGUCACCUUGAUAUGUCCGGUCGGAGGGUUGAUCAUUACCAACGUCCUGAACUGUGCAGAGGAUCGGUAGAUUUCAUCGUCAAUCAAGACUACUGGGUCCAAUCCGACUCCUCGGAUUCCAAGUUGAAUGCCCGUGUCCCUCAACCGAUGAAAUAUCUAUUUGCGAUCGACGUCAGCUGGUCUGCUAGCAAGAGUGGGAUGUUGCAACAGAUCACCAAGUCGAUCAAGUCGAUUAUCUUCAACCAAGAUCCUCAAGAGCAGGAGGUAGAUGAUGAUCUCGAGUUCCCAUCCGAAAGCUUGAAGCCUGCUCGGCAGUUCCCGGUUGGCGCUCAAGUAGGCUUCAUCACCUUCGAUCGCACCGUUCAUUUCUACAACCUGAAGGCCGGCCUGGACCAAGCUCAGAUGCUCGUCGUACCCGACCUUGACGAUAUGUUCGUUCCGAUAGGCGAAGAUGCCCUCUACGUUGACCCAUCUGAAUCUCCAGCCAUGAUCCAUAAUUUGCUCGACAGUCUACCCUCUAUGUUUGGAGAGAAUAAUAUCAUGGAAUCUGCCCUCGGUGGACCUGUUCAAGCUGCAUUUUCUAGCUUGAAACGGCUGGGAGGACAAGUAAACAUCUUUCUAACUUCCUUGCCGACGAUUGGACCGGGCGGAUUAAAGCAAAGAGAAGACACCAAACUUUACAAUACUGAGAAGGAGAGCACGUUAUUCAAUCCAGCCGAUCCUUGGUAUCGACAGGUUGCAGAGGAAUGUUCAUUGGCUGGAAUUGGUAUCAACAUGUUCUUGUUCCCAUCUCAAUACAUUGAUGUCGCUACCAUCAGUGUUUUAUCUGGUAUCACCGGUGGCGAAGUCUUUUUUCACCCCAGAUUUACUCCACAAAGGGAUUGCUUCAAAGUGCAUUCCGAACUACGUAGAGUCCUGACCAGGGAGACCGCAGCUAGUGUGACGAUGAGGAUCAGGUGCUCGAAUGGGCUAAGAAUCUCCGAGCAUUUCGGAUCGUUCUUGCAACGGAAUGUGACGGAUCUAGAGUUUGGAAAUUUGGAUGCCGAUAAAGCGAUAGCUGCUAUACUCAAGAUCGAAGGCAAAUUGGAGGAAAACUCUUCCAUCGAAGCUCAAUUUCAAUGCGCUCUGCUAUACACUUCAGCUACUGGACAAAGAAGGGUUAGAUGUCAUAAUCUAACGCUACCUGUCACCAGAGUCAUUGGCAACAUCUUCCGGUCGGCUGAUAUGGACGCGACUAUGGCUCUGUUGACGAAACAAUAUAUUGCCCAAAUUGUUCAAGUCCCAUUACGAGAUGUUCGAGCGACUUUAACCGAGAGUUGUGUGAAGAUCUUACUAGCUUAUAGAAAACAUUGUGCCUCCUCAACUUCACCUGGUCAACUAAUCCUACCGGAGUCGUAUAAGCUCUUCCCAUUAUACGCCCUCGGCUUGAUGAAGACCAAGGCGGUCAAAGGAGGCAAUGUCUCGUCUGACGUCCGAACCCAUUACAUGAGAUAUCUGAAAUCUCUCGGCGUCGCUCAAACUAUCCUGAUGCUCUAUCCAAGAUGAUUCCCAUACAUUAGCUGGGCGAAAUGCCUGAUGCCUGUCAAUUCAUCCCAACAAUCACAGGUUAUCCUUCCUCCUUUGAUGAGCCUAGUUACUUGAGGAUGAAGCCGAUGGGGUU